GAAGCGCUCAGGAAACUGGGCGCUUCCCUGCGCAUCGGAGGCCCUGGAACAAGUCGCAGGAAGUUCAAGAAUGUGCGCGCUAUGAGCGACAAGGCCGAGGACGCGAUGUUCCAGGGAACUCUCAGGAAGCUGGGUAUCAACCAAGUUCCUGAUAUUAAGGAAGUUCAGUUUGUCAAGGAAGACGGAACUUGCAUGGUGUUUUCAAACCCGCGCGUGCUUGCUAACAUCGGCAGCAACACUUUUGUGUGCCAGGGA